GUCGUCUUCAGGGUGGGUGACAAGGUCCGCGUGCGGGGGUCUGAGUCCGGCCGGUGGCUUGACGCGGUGGUCACCUCUGUCAGUCCCCUUGAGGCCAAGGAGAGCGACUACGACUGGAGGAAUCCGAAGGAGUGGCGAUUCAUCGAGCACGCCAAGGCGAGGCCAAAAGGCGGUCGCCUGGACAUCGACGAGGAGACGCACUAUCGACUCUUCAUGUCCGUGGUAGCGGGCAAGUUUGGGGAUGACGGCGAGGACGAAUCCUUCUACCGGGGGGACUUCUUCACGACGCCCUCGCGCGCAGGCCCGUGGUGAUCCAUGCCCCUCUGAGGAGGCGGUGAUACGGAACAUGGCGAGCUUGAUGCACCGCGUACGCAGCCUGAGCGUGGGGGACUGGACGCUCUUCCCAUGCGGCUGGACAGGGCACGCGGUGUACUGCGAGAUAGCGCGUGAGGGGGGCUCCGAUGGCGCGAGGCUGUACACGUUGAGUAUCUUCAACAGCGGUGACGGUGCGGGCUUUCACUAUUCUAUCAGCCACGACGGCUUCGCCCGGAAGUAUUCGCCGACGUUGAUCUAUUCGUCCGUGCCUGAGGACGUGCUGCUCCACCCAACACAGGUGCGGCUGAUCAUCGAAAUGGGGAGCACGUACACUUCAAUCGACGGGGGCAAGGUCACGUCUAGCCCCGAGAGCAUGUACGAGACAGCCCUCGGCCGCUUGGACCCCUGGCUCGACGAGGUGCGCUCCACUACUGUGAUGAUGGACAGCCAGGCUGGCGGGACAUGCAUGGUCACCGGCCUGCAUCACAUGGUGCACUUCAAGCUGAGGGAGCGGAUACCCCCCGACGAGCAGGAGGACGUGGGGCGGACCAUCGAGCACGCGCUGCAGCUGUCCGCGCUGACCUGGUUCUCCCGCGAGGCUCUCAAGAAGAGGGUGGAGGACGUGCUGCCAUCGCUGGAGGACUUCAAGGACGGCGACGAGAACGGCCCGUUGCCCAUUCCCGCGGCAUCUUUCUACCAGCUGGCACGCAGAAAGAACUUGCUGGAGACGGCUGCGCGGCAGGUCCUUAUGCACGACGAGAAGGACAGCUUAACGAACCGCGUAGCAAAGCCAUUCUUCGAAUGGAUCCGCAGGGACCCCACGCCCGUGCCGAGAGAUUUGCACGACACGUUCGGCACAGGGGAGGCCGCAAGCCAGUCCUUCGAGGAGACGAGCUUCGAGCAGCCCCUGAUCGAGCGCGGCACGAACGUGCCAGCCUCAGAGAGGACGUGCAGUUUUUUCCCCUCGGCGCUGACCCCAGAGCUGCGCGCCGCACCCGAGAAGCAGUUGCAGGCGAUCGCCGAGAUGUCGCUGGAUGUGAUCGACCGGUGCUUUGGCGAGACGUACGUCGACUGGUUAGCCGGCCGUCUUUUGGCACUGAAUUUCGAGCAGCUUCCUUCUGGGCAACAGCGGUGGCUCUCCUCCACGUUCUUCCAGCUGGCGGACCAGGUGCGCCGCUUUGGGGCCACCCAGCCCGCGGCCGACCACAUCCUGGCGCUUCGGAAGCUGAUCCUUGCGUAUCACGAGGCUGCGGCCAGCGCCGACAAGCUCAGGCUGCGGACUGAGCUUCAUGGCGCCCCCAGCCUGGAGCAGUUCAGCACUCUCUCGCUGCAAAUGGAGCCCGUCGAGACGGCCCAGAAUCUUCUGUACGGGUCCACGGGCCAGAUUCCGUUGCCAGAGCCGCACGGCGAGGAGUACUUGUAUGUCGUGGCCGCUGCGGAGAAGGAGGAAGCGGAAUCGACGCCUCGCAAUAAGUUGAAGAUGUUGUGCAGCGCGUACUUGCACAUGCCCACAAGCGGCGUUCAGCUGAAAAACAUGGAGGGGACCGAGCGGGGCCCUGACGGGAACGUCGGGAAAAAGCUUUCGGAAAGUUGGCAGAAGACGUCGACGAAUUGGAACUUCAAGUCAGCCGAGCGCUACGUCAUUGAUUUCCUCGGCCAAGCCAAGGGCCAGAGAGGCUUCAGAUUGGCGGGUACGUGCGACGUGUGUAGAUCAAUCUCGCAGUGUGUCGAUGAGCCUGCGCGGGCCGCGGCCUGCGUUCUGUCGCAGAAAAUGAAGAUAGAGCCAGUGGGCAUCAGCGAUGACUUUUUCGUGAUGCGGAGAAUGCUGGCUGAGUUCCACCUGUUGGAGCACGCAGUUGCCCCGCGCUACGGUGGCUUCCAGCUCGCAGACGCACAGCCCAUUGAGAAGGACGAAUCGACAAAGAUAUCCA